AUGGGACCAGGAAUCUGGUCAUUGUCAGAGACCCAGCUGAGUACGGUGACGCAACAGUCGUCCAUCAAAAAGCUGAGGUACGAGGCCCGUUCUUUGAAUCGCAAUGUGCGCAUCCACUGCGGCGCCCCAGCGGCGCUGCGGAGUACGUCCACCUGGGCUGGGGCAUACACAGGGGUCAUGCAGUUGGGGGAUUGUCCGUCAACGUCCGUGUCGAUCCAAUGGCCGGUGGGGGUGUUUGAGACAGGAAGGGUGCAGAUCGUCCAGCACCUUUUGGGUCACAUACCGGUGACUGUGGGCAACAUUUACGGUUAUCCACAGAGCCCGCUGUGGCCAGACGCCCGCCAAAGGACAGACACCUUAUUGGAAGCAUUCACUUCUGAGCUAGUGAUAGGGCGCAGCGGGCUCAGAAUCAUCUGUGGGGACUUCAACCAUGAUGAAGACAAGCUUCAGCAACUCUCCAUCUGGAGGUUGCAGGGUUGGGUGGAGGUCCAAGCUCAUGCUGCGGCCAUGUGGGGUCAGGAUGUUGUUCCGACUUGUAAACACACCACUAGAAGGGACAUGCUCUGGAUGUCGCCAGAAAUGGCUGCUCUGUUGACUUCGGUGCGGGUUCUCGAGGUCUUUGCUGAACAUUCGUUCGUGGUGGCAGCCUUUUCAGUCCCCAAGCAAAAUAUGCCCCAAUGGUCAUGGCCACAGCCCUGUCUCAUUCCUUGGUCGGAGGUGGACAUCCCUUCUUGGGCAUCUGUGCAGUGCCCGUGUCAGGGUCCUUCUGAAGGCUCUGAUGCUACGGAUUGGAUGACGCGCUUCGCCCGCGCCUAUGAGAAUAGUCUGGAUGGUUUUGUGAAGGGUGUCCCCGGCGCGAGGCUUCCAAGUCACAGCUACGGUCGUUCCAGGCGCCUGGCGCCACAGCGCCGCACUGACCCCGUCAUCCCGCUUCGGCGAAGUAGGCCAGGCGAGGAGGCCCCGCGGAGUGAUUUUCUAGGAUUGGAGUGCAAACGAUGGUUUCAGCAACUUCGCCGCAUACAAAGUCUGCAUCAUGCCACGGCGGCGGCCAAUCCUACCGCAGGGGCUGUAGCCUAUCGCAUCGAGUUGUGGGCGGCAGUCCGCCGUGCCAAGGGUUUCAGUCCUGACUUUGCCCGUUGGUGGGCCCAACGGCCCGUUCAGCUACAAGGAAGUCCGAGUCAGUUACCGCAAGGUGUUCCUUCGGCUUCCGUGGCGAGCAGCAUUUUCAUGGACUUUCGGGAAAAUUAUCGUAAGUUUGAGGGCUGGCAUUUGAAGCAGCGAUGCAAGGUUCUAAAGGCCAAGCUAUCGGAGUCGCAAAAUCAGCUGUAUCGUUCUCUCAGGAAGCCGGCCCCGUCUCAGGUAGACACGUUAAUCAUUCAUCGGUCGUAUGCCAUUUUGGCGUCAGAGCCCACUACUCGACAACUGCACUUGGAUGCUCCAGUGGACACAAGAGGCGCAUGCACAUGGUCGGUUGACGGCCAGCCCGUUCAGGUCCAAUCCAUGGAAGACGAUGUGUGUGUUGUCGGGGACAAUUUUCCUUUCAGUGACGCUGUGGAGCUUGAACAACAUCAGACGCUCAGUUCAGUUGGUCACAUUCAAGACGAAUUCGUUUCUCUGUGGCGGCCUCGCUGGCAGCAGCAUACAGAUCUGCCGCCGGAGCAUUGGGAUCGCCUCAUUGCAUUUUCAAGAGCUUACCUGCCACGUCUGCACCUUUCAUUUCCGGACAUUUCGAUUUCACAGUGGCGACAGGCCAUACGCAGGUACAAACCGCGAGCGGCUCGUGGGCCCGACGGUUGGUCCAAAGAUGACCUCGAGAACAUGCCGGAUGCAUGGGUUCAAUCCCUCUUGGGUUUACAUCAUAGAAUCGAACGAGGACGGUGCGAGUGGCCGGAACAACUCCUCCAAGGCUUUGUUUGUAGCCUACUCAAACCCGCCGGGAAAGGGGACGCCAAUGGCUUCAGGCCCAUAUGCCUCCUUAGCAUCAUUUACCGAACCUGGAGCGGUAUUCGAGCCAGGCAGGCGAUUGCGCAGUUGUCGGGUGUUGUUCAUGAUGAGUGCUUUGGCUUUGUGAGUGGGAAGAGCUCUUCCAUGCUUUGGUGGACUCUCCAAGUUCAAAUCGAGCUCAGCUGUCAGGGCCGUCAAGACGCAUUCGGAAUGGUCGGCGACAUUGUAAAGGCAUUCAAUGCGCUGCCUCGCCGUCCUUUAUUGGCAGCCGCGGCAGCAUUGGGUUUUCCAAGCCAUGUGUUAGGUCCAUGGGCUGCUUUCUUGACAGGCGUGCAGCGCCGCUUCGUUGUCAGGGGUUGUGUGAGCCAACCGCUGCUGUCCACAUCAGGCUUUUGCGAGGGCUGUCCGCUUUCGCCCGUAGCCAUGCUUCUAGCCGAUUUGAUCUACCACUCGUACCUGAGGGUAUUCGCGCCAUCCAUCAGGUCGCUCAGUUACGUAGACAAUCUGGCAGUGAUCGGCAACGAUUGUGGGCAAUUAGCUCAGGGAGUGAACCUGAGUCGAUGCGUUUGUGACUUGCUUGGUUUGGAGUUGGAUGCGUCGAAAACUUACGUGUGGGCAGCUCGGCCCGGCUCUGCAGGUUCUCUGCGGGCACUUUCCUUGCCUAUCUGUGAGCAUGCUCGUGAGCUCGGGGGGUUCUUGUCGUAUGGCCGACGAACGCGAAAUGCGGCUUUGACACAACGCUGCAAGGCUCUGGAACCACAGUGGCAGGCACUGCGCCGAUCACCAGCUCCUCUCCCGUUUAAGCUGGCCAUCUUGCCGGGGAAGUUCUGGGCUUCGGCUUUGCACGGGGCAGUGGGGUGCCCUCUGCCUGCAGGAUGUCUGACUUCGCUGAGGGCUGCCGCGGUCAAGGCUUUAGGAUUGAAGUCGGCCGGCUCAAGUUCAAUGAUUCGCUUAUCACUCUGCCCCCGCAUGGAGACCGACCCAGGGUUUUGGGUAUUUUGGGCUUUGUUGAAAGACAUGCGGCUGCACUGCCAACGCAUGCCGAUGCUUCUGCUCCAGUGGAGAUCGUUCAUGGCAAACUUCUGUGGGGAUUUGUUUCAAGGUCCUUUCUCGCAGGUCCUGCGAUUCUUCUCGGAUGUGCAUUGGCGCGUGCUUGCGCCCCCAGCCUUCGAGGACCAUGAAGGGCUCAGGCAUGAUCUGCUGCAGAUCCCUAUGGCCAUGCUCAGGGAUGUUGCUGAGCGUGGAUGGCUAAACUUCGUGGCCAGACAACACAACCAUCGGCAAACCAUGCAGGACUUGGAGGGAAUCGAGGCAUCACUUGUGUCGCUUGAUGUUGCCCAAAUGUCGGCACUAGACACGGCCCGUCUUGCGGCAAUCCAAUCCGGAUCAUUCCUUGUCGGAGCUGCUCAUGCUCACUAUGAUGCCAGCCAAGAUGGCCUCUGCCCGCACUGCCACGUUCCAGAUGAUGUGGAGCACAGGUUGCGCCACUGCCCGCAGUAUGAGGCAGCAAGGGGCCAGGAUGCUUGGGUUCUUCAGCAUUGGGACACCUUGCCGACUUCCUUGACACACCACCUUCUCCCACCAGCUAGCCGGCUCAUGCCUUUACUGAGAGCACAGCUUGCAAAUCUUCCGGAUGUAACAGCGCAGUUUAACAGUGUGCGCACUACGGUCGGGCGCCAGCAUCUGUUCACAGACGGGGCAUGCAUGCUUCAGGAUGUGAAGGGCCUUGCUUUGGCAGGCUGGGGCGUCAUAAGUGCUUCAACCGGCGAGGUGGUGUCCUGUGGGCCACUACACGGAGUGUGGCAAACAGCUCCUCGCGCCGAGCUAUGCGCCGUGAUCAGCGCGGUUAGGUGGGCCAUUGCAAUGCGAGUGUCCGUUAACCUUUGGACCGACUGCAAACAUGUGGUCCUCGGUGUGCAAAGACUUCUGGACAGCCCAUGGGAUCCUGUUCCGAUUGACAACCAAGAUUUGUGGUCAUUGUUGGCGCAGCUUUUGCAACAGCUUGAGCUAGGAUCCUUGCAUAUCGUGCACAUCCCAUCCCACUUGGAUCCCGCGAAAUGUGAAAGUCCUUUUGAGGAAUGGGUGGCUAGGAAUAAUGCUCAUGCAGACACCGUGGCAGGCAUGGCCAAUAACAGCCGUUCGUAUGCCUUUCAACAGCUAUACAUGCAGGUGAUCAGUGAACAGUCGGAGGUCAAGUCCAUCAUACGAGCUUUGCGUGGCAUUUUCUUUCGGGUUGCAGCCCAAACUCUGCAAGAAAAAGGCAGAAUAGUGGCUGAAGACCAGCCCGAGGCGGAGGACGAUCAGUCAGUAUCACUGCCAGCAGGAGUGCCGCGGCCGGAGACCAUGGCGGAGACUUUUCCGUUGGACUGGAGACGCCGGUGUGAGGCGAUACAAAUAGACUUGCCCGCUCAGUUCAUCAUAGCGGUCACGGAGUUCUUCAUGAAACAGGAUGGUGAUGCCGCCGUUGCUUUCGAGGUGAGCUGGAUCGAGUUCGCGUUUUUAGUCACGGUUGCAGAGGUGCUCGAAUUUCCUGCAUUUCAUCCAACGGCUGGAGUGUGGGUAAAUGCACGUGACAUGCCUUUGAGGCCUCCCCUGUCAGCCGCUGUUCAGAUUAGGUCUUCGCGUGGCGGAUUUGCCCUCCUGGUAGCGUUCGCACUCUGGACGUCCGCCUUGGCUAUGCAGAUGGCCGAUUUCUCGACAGCCCGUGGCCACCGAUUUCAGGACUGGGCCUUGUCCUUGCUUGCUGCAGCUAGUUGGCUUCUGGGAGCUGCUUUGGGUUCCAAUGCAGAAGAGCAACAGGUCCGCAGCCUCAAGAGACCGAAUGCCUUCACCUCGGUGGGGAGCCUGCUUUUGGUGGCGGCGGCCUUGGGCUUUGGUACGGGUGCUCUGUCACUCCUUCGGGCGGACUCCAUGCUGGGGACAAGUUUCUCGGAUUCCACCUUGGUCCUGGCUGAGUUCCGAGCUUUCGAGGAGCUGGGGGACACGGCGUGCCUAGAGGAGGCGCUUCGGCGGGCAGACCUCAUCGGUUUGCGGGGACUCCCUGGGCCGAAAAGCAGGGCGAGCCGGCAGAUUGCGCAGAGCCUCGGGCUGCAACACUACUCCGGCACUCCGGGUGCAGUGUCGUACCGGGAGCAAGCUGUGCUUUCGUCCACGCGGCUGUCCAACGUCACGGCGAACUGGUGGGAGGCUGAUUCCAGAAACGUUGCCAAUUGGGUGUCGGCCUCCUUGCUUUGGCGUGGCACCCGCGUCACGUACUUUGGUGUUGAGCUGCAUGAGAGAGGCGACCCGGCGACACAGAUCGACGGGCUCGUCGCCCUUCUCAGGGACCAUGACGGCCCCGUCAUCGUUGCCGGCCACUUCGCGUUGAGCGGCUCCCAGCCUUCGGAAUCGGACCUGAGGCAUCUGCUGACAGGCGCCGGCCUGAGCGAUGCUUUCGGCACGGCCGAGGACGGCAAUACCCAGCAAGACGAGUUUAUGCUUGACCUGCUGCAGCGGGACUAUGUUUUCUACCGGGGCCUGGACCUCGUGGACGCGCGCGUCCAUCCGCCCUCCACCUGCAUGGAGCACCUGCCACUGACUGUUUCUUUCCAGCUGAAGAGCAGCUGA